AUGAGAGUGCUCUGGUGCCGGGCGCAGCGGAGCUCGACUGGAGUGGAGCUCAGCCCCCAGCAGCUGCUCCAAGAAAAGGAGGACUUGGAAAGGUUUGAUCGCCUGGCUCAGCAGCUGGAGGAGAAUUACGACCAUCUCGAGGAGAACACUGUUGCAGCAAAAGCGAUUACGGACGAGUUCAACAAGAUCGCGAGUGAGGACACAGAGGAGACUCAGCUUUUCUGCGAGUACGGCACCACCACACUGGACUUCAAGACCUUCUCCCAUGGAGAGGUGAUCACGAGGAACAGUGUUCCUGGAGUGGAAAUCACCGCCCAACGGCGAGCGGAUGCCCGCGUUCCUUGCACGGGCCCCCUGAUGAUCCUGAACAACCGGGAAGGUGGAGCGACGAACGACGGCGAUCUGAAGACAUGCACGAACUGCGCGCUGCUGGUGUACUCUGAGGACGGGGACCAAACGACCGUGGAUGACUGUGCCGAAAGACCAGGGCCCAAGUUCAUUUUCGAAUGGGACACGGUGAAGGACAUCAAGAACAUCCUUCUGUGGGACCAAGAUGAUGGCAGUCGGGACACCAAGAUCCAGCUCUUCAAUGAGAAUGAUGAGCUGAUCGCGGAAAAGGACGUAGAUCAGCAGAGCAGCCUCAACGGCAAAGGCACCACCGUGGACCUGCGAGUCCGUGGCGUCAAGAAGCUCAAAGUCUUGAUGGCCGGCUCCGGCGCGAUCGUGCAAAUCAAGCAGUGCGGCGUCGACGGAAGCGAGUACGGCGACCCGCACAUCCUCACUCUGGAUGGCGACAAGUUCGACCUCUACGAAAAUGGAGCCUUGGGUGGUGACAAACCCAAAACGGGCCUCAUCGACUGGCAGAUGUUCGCGCACUACGGCGGACCCACGUGGACGGCCCAAGGUCUGCUGCUGGUGGAUCGCUCCAAUGAGGGCUUCAGGCAAGCCAUGGAACUCACGGCCAAAGACUGCCAGUGGCGCCGCAAGACCAAUGCCAAGGGAAAUUGGAGCAACGUGGGCAAGAACUCCUCGGUCUCUUUGCUCGAAGGUGGAGACUACCUCAGCGGCUUUGAGUUCCACAGCGAGAAGCAUCUGAGUCUCCGCAUGAACACGCCCGAGGGUCUUGUGGACAGCAUCAACCUCCACACUGUCUGCAAGCCCAAGGGCAUCAACGUGCGAGUGUCCAUGCCCAACAUUGCAGAGAGCCGCUUCCUCAAAGGUCAGAUUCAGGUCGGCAACGGAAGGGGUAACAACAAGUUCGCCGUGGACAAAAAGUGGACUGCCCUCGGCGGCAGUGAUUAUGCGAACCGCUUCUUCCAGGGCCUUGCCGGACAGCAGUACUCGCUGCUCACUUCCUGCACCGCGUCCGAGAGGGCGAAAGCCGAGCAACUCUGCGUGAAGCAUCUGGGGGAGAAGAUGAAGAACGCGAAGGGGACCAAGGGCGAAAUCUUCAAUGACUGCGUCUUUGAUGUUUGCCGAGGAGGAGAGGAGUUCGCGAUCGCGGCGGCAGAGAUGCUGUCGAAGAAAUGA